AUGGCCGCCGGCGGCCGGCUGCCGCCGUUCGCGGGCUACAUCUUCGGCUGCACGCAGGCCACCCUGCAGGAGUGCAUGGCCCUGAGCCUGUUCGGCAGCCCGCCCAAGUGCCAGGACGUGGUGACGGCCAUAGCGCCCGGCACGCCCCUGUACCUCUUCGACUUCGGCAAGCGCGAGCUGCACGGCGAGUUUGAGGCGGCGUCGCGCGGCGGGCGCGACCUGGACAGGGCGGCGUUCGGAGGGAGGUUCCCAUGCCAGGGAGAUUCGGUGUGA